GUGUGUGUGUGUGUGUGUGUGUGUGUGUGUGUGUGUGUGACCUUGUGAAGGUAAAACGGGGCAGAGCAGCUCGACAUGAAUCACCUUCGGACAUUUCCUCUUCUGGCCAGCCGAGCCUUCGGCAGCUCCUCCAGACAGCUAAAGAACAAAGUUCCUGAGAUCCAGAAACUCUUCCAGAAGAACAAUGGGUUGCCGGUCCAUAUCAAGGGUGGAAGCAGAGAUGUCCUGCUCUACAGAGUAACCAUGACGCUGACUCUUUUAGGAACAUGUUACUCUCUGUACAAGCUGCUUGUUGCCGCCAUGCCGCAGAAGAAGGUGUGAUGAUGAGGAAGAGCGGGCUCAGUCUAUGACCUGGACAUGGCGCUGAGCCUGGUUUAACAGUGAUGUUUGAUGUAGCUGAAUUUAUUUGUCCAGCCUUGAUCUUUGAGGUUGGGUCUUGAGUCUCAUGUAAAACC